AAGAAAAUAAGAAUGAGGCUUUAUGCAGACUGAAGCACUUUGAGGAAAAGUGACGUCACGUUGACUCGUCAACCAAAAUGGCGGCUUCCAUAACGCAAAACAAGAUGCGUUUUGUGAAAGAGCAAAUUUCUGCUGCUCUUGGUCAUAGCGGCAUCGUUGUAAAGGUCAUAGCAUCAGUGAUUACACUUUGGUAUUUGUUGUCGUUCAUUAGCGAAGGCUUCAUGCAGUCAACCAUUCCUCACAUCACCGUUACACCAGGCUACGUUAUACCCCCAAACAGUCGUGUUUACAGUUUUUUCACCUACUGGUUUGUAGAACUUCAUUUUUGGCAUGUAAUUGCAGACAUAGCCGUCGUCAUCUUAUGCGAAAGACUUCUCAUGCCAAUGUGGGGAGCACCUGAUAUGGUGCUAUUUUUCAUCGUGGUAAACCUCGGAGUUGGUUUUAUGACCGCUGUUGUUUAUCUUGGCGUUUACCUGGUUACGUUGAACGAAGAUUUCCUUUUUGAUGUUCACAUCCAUGGUCUGGCGGGUUAUAUCGCAGGCUUUUGUGUGGCUGUAAAGCAGGUAAUGCCAGACCACUGCAUUACCACACUCCCAUUAGGCAAACUGAGAAAUACGCACAUCCCUCUGACACUUCUGCUGAUAACUAUCAUUCUUCGAUUGGUUCAUGUACUGCCUGGCCCCUAUCCCAUCAUGUUUGGCUGGGGCAUCAUUGUCAGUUGGAUAUAUCUGCGAUUCUACCAGAAACACAGUAAUGGACAUCGAGGUGACAUGGCAGAAAACUUCAGUUUUGCAAGCUUUUUUCCAAGUCAGAUACAGCCAUUGGUUGCAGCAUUAGCCAACUCAGUAUUCAGUGCCCUGGUGAAAAUAAAAAUUUGCAAGAAACCUCAACGUCGCUAUGAUGUCAGCUCCCCAACCACUAUCACAGUUACUCUCCCUGGCACAGAACCACAUGAUGCAGAGCGUAGAAAGCAAUUAGCUCUUAAAGCACUGAAUGACCGCCUUACAAAGUCAGACAGUCCACCAGCCUGGCCAUCAAUAGAUGAUGACAUGUCAUCUCCUACCACUACCCCAGGUUCUGACACUCAAGGGUCUGCCAGCUCCAGUCCCUUGGUGCUGCCACAUGCAUCGCAGGCAGCUCUUCCUUCCAAGCUUUUAGUUUCAGACUCUAAGGAAAAGACUACAGGGGGAUCAACAGAUGGAACAUAGAGCAAGCAGCCAAUUAUUUGCUAUAUAUUCCUGUGCAUAAAACUUUUCUGUGAUCAUUAUCUUCACACAGGCAUCAAUUUGUUUUUGUUGGUUCUCCCCCCUCUCCCCCAAUAUCUGUUACUCUGCAAGUACAAUGCUGUGGGUUGAAUGUAGAGAGAACCAUAGGUGGGAGUGAACUUGUCUGAGAAAAUAGAUCAUUUAUUUUUCUGCUGUUUUGGAAGGGUGAUGCUUGAUGAGCUUGGUGUUCUCAUAACUUUCAGUUCUUCAGAAGCUAGGGACAUUUGAAUUUCUAAAUAUUGUACUGAAAUAUCAGUUUUAUCUGUAUGAAUAAUGAUUACAAAAUACUUUUUUAAGAUUUCAGAUGUUUUGAAAUUUAUCAUCACCCUUUAAAGCAUGAUUUUAAAAUAAGCAUUCUAAAUUGGGGAAAGUUUUCCCUGGGAUUGUCUUAUCAGUUUUGUCAUUCCAUUUUCUGUGUGCUGAAUCAUCUAAGUUGACCAUAAUAAAGCGGAACAAGGAUAAAAUAAACUCAAGAGGAAAUUGCUUUGCCGAAUUAUUGUAAUAGGUGUUGCUGGAAGAUCUCUUAGACAAAACUCUAUUUGCCCACAUCAAGAAUGGUUUAGUGUAAUGCAGUAUGUUCACCUGUUUCACUUGCAGAUCGGAAAAGACAGCCAAGAGAAAUACCUUGUUUCCCUGAAGAAAAUAUAUAGAGUCAUAUUUCAUUCUAGCCCAUAGUUAAGCUUCUUUGUAAACAGAGAAAAAUAGAGUAGUUUACUCACUAAAUGUCACUCCAUUCUUGAGCAGCUGUGAUUUAUUUAUUCAUUUUAGGUGUGAUUUUAUUCUUUUGCACCAAUGUAAACUACCUGUACCAUUCAUUUUCUCUUGCUUUAAUUAAUAUUCUUGUUGCUUUAGGGCAGAUUUUGGGGUUUUGAGUGUGUGAAGAUUAUGUGUUAUAUAGUGUGGUCUUUUUUCAUUAUCUUAAGAUUUGUUCCUCUCAUUUUUUUUAAAAUGUUGCCGCCUACCCUCCAUUUCUUUCCCCACCCUUGUCUGUUUGCUUUUUUUUUUUUUUUCAUUUGAUUUCACUUUAUCUUACAUACCUUAUUGUUUAGUGCUGAAUCAUUCUUGUAGUUUUCAUUGUAAGGGACAGGAGAAUCAACAAGCAAGAAGUCCCUACAAUCCUGAACAGAUAGUAAGGCACCAUCCUGAAGAUAAUUAUGGCAUUUGUGCUGAGAGAAAAAUCAUUUGCCAUAAAUGAGUGUUUGCUUUUGUCCAGGUUCUUCAGUCUAAUUUUUUUUAUCAAGGUGAAGUCCUUGUCAGAGUUUCUUUUUUGCAUGAGGUAAUUCCCCUUAAGGAGAUGUAUGUUCCCUUGAUCUUAAUGUACUCUGUGUGUAUGUGUGUAAGACUUCGGUUGGACAAUUCAAUUUUUUAACUGCAGAUUUUUUUCUUUUAAAUCAUUUCAAUCUUGCAUGCUCUGUUGAAUGCUUAUAGGUCAUUUCAUAUUAAUCAUGUAUAGAUGGUUAUUCUCAAAUUUGCAAGAGCAUCACAAUCAACUUACAGACAUCUGUGAAAUAGAAAAAUUGUGUUUGAAAGAGAGAAAAACACAAAAGGAGUAUAGUUGAGGUGCAUACGAGGUAAUGAAAGGUUGAUUUCAGUUAAGGUAAGGAUCGAUCGGCUUCCCUUCCCUAUUUGAUUUUGCUUUUCACUUAUUUGGCUGGGGCUUUGUUUGCCUGUUUGUAACAUUAAUAAAGAGCAAACUAUAUUAUCAUGGAUACUGCUGCUGCUUCUGAGUGAUAAUUUUUAACUGAUUAUUAAGAUAACCUUUCUGGUACCUUUACCCCAAUGUGCCCACAUCAUUGGCCUUCUGCAUUUUUUAUUUCUUGCUUUCCCAUGCAUUCAAAUCUCCAUGGCAUCUUUUAUAUAGGAAAAGAUGGUGCAAAUGUAAACUAGUCCAUCUUUGCCUAAGAUAUACUUCUGGACAACUGGUGAAGAGCAUUUAAUAGAUGCUGGAAUUUAUUCAUUUAGAGCUGGCCAAAGUGCUCCUUAAGGAAUACUAUAGCCAUUAUUUUCAUAAGAAAGAAACCGUUUUCAUUGCACAUUUUUUGUACCAUUGGCAAAACCAGUCGCCCACUCACAUCUGGCACAUGGACAGCUUAAAGAAGAAUGAACAGGUAACAAAUUUCUGUUAUAAUAGCAUUAACAACCCUAGAUUACUGAUGUAGAUAGGCUGAUAGUUCAAAAGUUUUUAGACAUUUAAAGCUUUAAAUGUAGCUACUACUUACUCUCAUCUCCCUCUAACAGUGUUUCUAAAAAAUAAAUGCAAAUACGCAGAAACAUUUUUGGGCCAGUUGUUUAUGUCAAGCUUGAUUAAGUAAUAAUACUACUGUAGAAUUGGAAACACUACCAGCAGCAGGCUGUGGAGUAAAUGAAGCAAUAGUUUUGCUUUCAUAUUUACUAUUUGAAAAAAACAAACAAAAAACAGAGCUUAACUCAUUCAAUAUGGACAAAUUGAUGUUACUGAACUGUAGUUAUGAAGAUGUUUGCUUAGGGAAAGUUAACAAUUUAGUUUGAUGAUGUACAGGAGAACACAAGAUGCAAAAAGGAGGCAAAACUAUGAAUGUAUGAAAUUAUCAUAAGUUAUCAAAAGUAAUUAACUGAAAUAUAAUUGGAUUUCACCCUUGAGACCUGAUGUCCAAAACUGAAAAAGAAAGCCCCAUUUUUCUACAAUAUACUUAAAGUUACAAUUUGUAAGAGGAAAAAAUAUUUCAUUGGCAAAAAUGUAAUGUAUGUGGGUGCCAGUUUGUGCACUCUUUUCUAUUAUGUAUCUGUAAGACUGCUCAGGAACUACUUCUGUUUCAAGAUGACAUUAUGUCGGAGGUAUAUGAGCCUUCUGAUACAUAGCGUAUUUUAUCCGCAUUCCACUGUCAUUUUGUUUCAGCUUAAAUUCUUUAACUGAUUUCAGUAAAUGGUUUAAAGAUUGUC